UUGUAAGCCGCAUGGGUGCUUCUUGUUUACAUAGGUCAGGUAUUACUGUUUCCUGGCGGCGGUAAUUGUAGCAAUUAUAAUUAUUAAUAUGGGAGGUUAUGGAGCCACGGCCGAUGAGGGAACCAUUGAUUACUCUGUUCACGAAGCUUGGAAUGAAGCCACUAAUGUAUACCUCUUGGUUAUUCUCGUCAGCUUUGGACUCCUCAUGUAUGCCAGAAAAAACAAAAGGAAGAUCAUGAGGAUUUUCACAGUGCCUUCGGCGGUUGAAUCGACACCAGAGCCUAACUUUUAUGACAGCAUUCAGAAAGUUCGAUUACGGCAACAAUUAGAAAUGUACUCCAUUGCAAGGAAACAUGAUCAGCAGCAGCAACAGCAGUCAGACAGUGUUCAGCUAUCCAUGGAGUAAACGGCUGAAGCCGUUUGUUGUGCAGUGUUCUGCAGCAUUAAACUUUAUUCCUGUGCAAUAUAGUAUUUUAUUUAUUCAGUAUUCUGGUGGUCCGAAGAUUCUGCUGUAAUUUUGUACAAAGGAAUCGUAAAUACUGUUUUCAAAAUGGCACUGUAUUUCCACCAUAUCCGUUUGAUUUUCUGCCUAUUUAAAACAUACCAUUUCAGCACCGAGGAUAGUAAUGCUAUUAUAAUGUGUAUAAAGAAAUUGCAGAAAUGUUUUUUAGGUGAAAUUUUGGACUGGGUCGAUUAGUAAUUUAUGACGCUGUUUAAGGGCAAGGCGGUAAAUGAUGUUAGUUUUGAUGUGUUUUGGAUGGCAAGUUUAGAGAUGCACAUAUGUGAGUUUGCUAUACAUAUCUGUUUGAAUUUUGUUUCUGUGAUUGAUAAUCAAAACGUCAACAAAAGCUACCUGUAGGUAGACUGAUGUGAGAAACAUGACGUUCAGAUACAAGGGACAAUAAUGGGUGCCCGCAUGGCUCCAUCCUCUGCAAACUUAUUCAUGGGAAAAUGCAUCCUUCUUGAAUCAAGACAUAAAACUUUGGUUUGGUGGCAAUAUAUUUGUAUCUUUGAUUUGGACAAACAGGAGGGAUUCUUUAAAACAGUUUACUAACUAUAUUAACACCCUUCACUGCACGAUCAAGUGCACAUGUAAUAGAACCUUUGAAGACUUCCACAUUCCAUUUAUUGAUGUUCUGCUCCUAUAUAAAAACUCAGAACUGACUUAGUGUUCUUAGAACAUUCAUCUCUAAGGCACUGCAACUUUUAAGCUUAAACAUCAGUCUACCUAGCUAUUUCUACUGUGCUGUCUGAAGAAGGUGGAAGCAGAAACAUUGUAGCUAAUAUUUAAAUAGUGGGUUUUCAGUUUAUCAGUCACUCAUCAUUUUAUCUAUCUUUUUUACUUCAAAAGUAAUAAAUAUAUACAAAAAAAAAAAUAGGUUUACCGUAUUAGUACCCUCCUGAUGGAAUCCUUUAGUUAAAAAAUGGUAACCCUCACAUUUUGAAGUUAAAAAUGUGUAGUGACACUCUGUAAAAUAUUAUAGUAUUUUCUGAAUAGGGAAGUGUUCAUUAAGGUUCUCUCCCAAAGGUACAUUUUGACUGCAGUUCUUUAUUUACUAGCUGAGUUGUCUUAAGGUUAACGAUUACUCUUAUAGCUUUAUUUAAACAAAUCUAGACAUUCUGUUAAAGUACAAAUGUCAGUAUUUUUGUUUUUAUGCUUACUUUUAUGCUCUUACUAUAGCACACUUAAAUUACUCUGAAAUAAUAUUUUGAUUAGUGGCUUCACUUCUUUAAUUUCAGACAAGUUCAAGAAAUGUGUACAUAUAUUUUUCUUUUUAAUUUUUGUGUAAUAUAAAAACAACAUUGGUAAAAUGUUGACUGGUGAAAUCUGCUGUAUCAAAAAUGGCUGUCAAUAAAGGCAAUCCUCAACUGCA